AUGGAGGUCACAAUUACUUUCAGAGACCCCCGGCCUGGGGACUUUGGCUACAUCAUCCACCGCCACGGCCAGAUAUACUGCCAAGAGUACGGUUGGGACGGCAGCGUGGAAAUCUACAUUGCCCGUGCCAUGACUGACUUUAUGGAAAAUUUCAACCCAGUCUCAGAUCAAAUUUGGAUCGCUGAGCGCAAUGACGAGUUCAUUGGAUGCGUUGCCGUGUGUAGAGACAAACAAAGAAAAGACACUGCCCGCCUGAGAUUCUUGAUCGUAGAACCCACAGCUCGGGGCUUGGGAUUGGGCAAGCAGCUGAUUCAGAAAACAAUCGACUUUGCGAGGGAAAAGGGCUACAGAAAGAUGGUGCUGUCGACACAGAGCAUCUUGCUUCAAGCAAUCCGGCUAUACACGGCAGCAGGGUUUUGCAAGCUAUGCGAUGAGGAUGACGACCACUUCAAGCCUCACAACUCUCACGGCGAACUUUGGGGGAUGGAUCUGUGA